AAAUAUAAUUACUGAAAGUAAUAAAUAAAAUUGUUAUGUUUUUAAAAUGUUAUAUUAACAAUUAUAUAAUACAUUUUAAUUUACAAAUAUAAAUAUAUAUAUAUAUAUCAUACCAAUAUUACAAAGAAAAAAAUUAAAGUGAAAGCAAAUAUUUAUACGGUCAUGGGUCAAGCUCUAGAAAUAAACAACAACAGCGUAAAAUUAUUUUUCUUUAACAAAUUUAUUUCAGUAGAAUUUAUAGUUGCAAAUAUAUUUAUAUAUUUUAUGUAUUAUAAAUUUAAUUUCUUUUUUUAAGAGAUGCUAAGAUUUUGGAAUUAGAAAAAUUAUUACCCACCUCUUUAUUAUUUUAAUUAGAAAUUUAAAAAUUAUAUCAAAAUAUUUUACUAAAAUUUUAAUUUUAAUUUUUAUUAUAAUUGUAAAGAUUAAUUUAUCAUAUAAAUUUAUAUUUAAAUAUUACAAAUAUAUCAUUUAAUAUAUUUUAAAAAAUAAAAACAUAAAAUAAAUACCCGCCCGGUCGGGCGGGUCAAAGGCUAGUGUGAUUUAAAUCUAAAUCUGAUAUAAUAUACAGUAUGUGGUAUUAUUAAAAUUAUUGGACUUAGAGUUGGACCCGAGGAGAUCCCUGUGUUGGCUCCCAUAGUAAGCCGACCCUCUAAACAUAUAUCAACAAAUUGUAACACAAACAAGACUGAAGUUAAAAACAAAAUUAACUUAAAGUUACGUAUUUUCACCUUCUUUAGAUGAUGAUAUGUGUAGACAUUUCCACAUGGAUUGUGAGGGUUACAUAUCACCAUAGCGACGGUAUUAUGAUCUGCAAUGGCUUCAACGCUUUGGAGAUCAAUCUCCCAGUCUUGGUCGGGGAGUAGUUCAUACUUGCGAAUCUCGACUAGGUCAUGUAUUGCGUAACUAUGGUAGAGAGGAUAGACGAGGGAGGAGAGCAAGAUAUUCGACUUUGGACUAGACAGAACUUGAAUCAUGGUCUCUAUCCCUUGGCAACAUCCGAUCGUCAUAAAUAUAUCGUCUGAUUUUAAUUUAUGCGGAAGGUCGGAAUCUAACACUACUAAAAGGGAAAUAAGCAGAGCAUACAGGAAGCCACGUAGGAUUUUUUAUUUGGCCAAUCAGGUUCAUUCUUUAAAACACGUCAGACAAAUCGAGUAAGAGAUUUCGUGGGCCUGCUGAUUUUUCUUUGGGAGGGCGUACUGAUCUCGGUUUGGGCUUUAAUGGGUUGCGAUUCGGGCUUCGGUUUGAUUAUUCUGUAUCGCGUGAUGAGCCGACAUCUAAAGAAUGCAAAACCCUAGAAAACUCAGAUCUUAAGAUAUGGCGAUGAAACGACAUGGAAAGUCUCCUGCUUCCUCCGGCUCUGACGAAAAAGUGAUGUUCUUCAGAGAUGUCUCUCUAGGUCCUCAUGAAACCCGUCUGCGCUUUCGACUCAUCCAUUUUUGGGAGGCUCAGAACCCGGUGAAGAAGACCCUUAUUGGCCUGGAGAUGCUUCUCAUCGACGAGCAGGGAACUGUCAUUCAAGGAUUCAUCCCACCAGGACGUAUUAAAAAAUACUUGCCUGAGAUGAAGCGAGGUUCAGUUUACGAACUCAUCAACUUCUACGGAUCGAAGAACAAACCGAUGUACCGGGUUGCUGAUCAUAUCGCAACUGUGUCCUUCGCAUGGAACUCUGAGUUGUCGGUCCUUCACGACAUUCCAAUCCCUUUUGAUGAAGACCGUUUCAGGAUGCAUUCGUAUGAGGAUUUUGAGGCCAACUGUGAUCUGAAAGGUGACCUCUACGAUGUUCUUGGCCACAUGAAGCUGGUCGAUGGACAGUGUGUUACCGAGCGUCCCAUUAUUGAUGAAGCGAAGGUUGCUACAACGAGGCACAUCAUGAUUCAUGUGCAAUCACAUGAAGGACCUGUCAUGAAGCUCUACCUCUGGGACCAGACAGCAACGGAUUUUUGCAAGAAGUUUAAGUCCUCUGAAAAAACUCCCACAGUUCUUUUGGCCACAGCCGUUAACACUAAACGUCUCGGAGGUACCCUGGCAUUGAGUUCUAUGUCUCCUACACGGGUUUUCAUGGACAAUGAUGUUCAACCAACAAUUGAUUACCUAGCCUGGCUCUCCUCAAACCCUGAGAUUGCUAAGCAGGUUAGUGCAGAGGUGGUCACUAAGCGGGAGACGAUGACUAUAUCUGACAUAUUCUCUUACAUGACGAUGGAAUCUGCAAAGGAUGCCUUCUUUGAGUGCACUGCUACCAUUGAUGAUGUGGUUCAUGGAUCUGCUUGGUACUAUAUUGCAUGCACUGGGUGUCAUAGUAAGGCUACCAAAGGCGCAAACUCAUUGAUUUGCACGAACCCAAGAUGUGUGAAGGAUACCACAGCUGGAGUUGCACAGUACCGUGCAAAGAUUUCGGUUUAUGACAGCAGUGAACAAGGAUUUUUUGUCCUGCUUGGUGAUGCUGGUUUCCAAUUGACUGGGAGGCACGCAUCUGAGUUGGUCAGCAGCUACUUUGAGGCCAAUAAAGACAAAGGCCCUGACCAUGAAGUGCCUGUCCCGGAAGCUCUGAUUAGCAUAAUCGGACAGACCCAUAAGUUUUGUGUAAAAGUUACAGACCACAACUUCUCUGGCAACACCCGAGCUAUCACUGUCACCAAGAUCCUCCCUCCAGAGACACCAUCACCCACAGAAGCCUCUCUUGGAGACGCCAUUGCUGCAACGUCCAUGGAAGCAGUGCAGACUGGAAGUGAUAUGUGUGAGCCUUCAAACAGCCGUGGAGAUUCUGCAGAUGAAGAGGGUAAGAGAACGUUUGACAGUGUUGAUCCAGAGAAAGUCAAACGGGCAAGAUGUGAGAAAUGAUGAUUCAGUUCGAUGAUGCUUAUGUUUUUGCAUUGAACUUCAAGUAUUACGUUGGUUUUUGCACUUUUGCUUCAGUUUAAGUACUAUUUUGUUUUUAACAAGACUUUGCUUUGUUUCAUUUCAGACCUUGGCUUUUAAUCAAUUGAACUAUCCUUUCUAUAUA